AUGGGAGACGUCAUUGACUGGGGAGCUUCGGAGCCGCCGAAUCGCUAUGUGUUGGCAUUCGGUACUAGUCAUUGUUUAGUUGAGCAGGAUUACGACCGUUCGAUUUAUGGUGAGUGUGAGUAUAUUGGAAGCAGGACUCUAAUCAAGUGUAAAGCUGUUCGCAAAAAAGCUGAUCUGAAAGCAAAUGGUGGAAUAUGCGAAAUGCACAAAUCCUUCCAUGACUCGAUCAGGAACAGGUUUUUGUGCGAAGAUCGUCGUCUAAUGCAAGAAAAUGGCCAAGGCAAAUUGAAAUAUUCUCCUUUUCUCAAUCAAGAUGGCUUAAUUUGUGAAGAGCAUCCCUGGUUGAUGCCUAGUUACCGUUGGGAGUCGCCUCUGAACCGUUCCAUCUUCGACCAUGCUCCCGAUGAUGACUCGUUGGCUCCUUUAUGGAAUGCACGCGUUUACACCGAAAGAGAUCUGCUGAGAUUAAGAAAGAUCUUAUCAGAGAAGAGAGUAGAAUAUCUGAGACUCCACGCAGAGAUGAUUGUGGAAAGGGCUCGACGUCGAGCAAGCGACCUUUUCAGUAAAAACGGAAAAUUGCUCACAGUUGGAGACACAUCAGCAGCAGUCGUGGCAGCGUGUUCUUCUAUUGAUGACUAUGGAGUAAUUAGUAAAAGAAUAGUUGCAUCUCAAAAGGCACAGGGAAAAAGGUCUCAUGAUCAACGUAGACUUUGUUCAUUUGGUAAAUUACGAAAAAUUUCCACUGAGAAUAAUGAUCACGUGACUAUUUCGUCUAUUAUCCACUCAAUUCUGGACUGUAUUGCAGACGAGAAGAUUGAUUUUAUCAGCUACGGGAAAGUACAGAAUUCUAAAGAAUCCACCGACAAUACACCUGGAGUUGGUAGUGAGAAUGUUCCUCAAUGUUUGGAACCUGCAGUGCCGCUUACAAUGUUCUGCAUUUCGCACCAAAUGCUGGACGAAAGCCAAUUACUGUUUGUUCCAUGCAGUUCAUGUCAUUCUAUGUGCGCAGAUAUCAGAUCUCCACCAUUGUGCGGGAAACAUUUGAGAGAUAUUGGUCGUGCGAAACGUGCUUCUCUAAGGGACGGUCGAAUGCCGAUUUCUCCUGCUGUUAAUGUAUCAACUGGAGUUCCCACUACUUCCACUUCUUCGAAGAUUAAAGCUUUUAAUGAUCCUUCGAAACCCCUGUUUGGAUUGCCUUCCAGCCCCAGUUCUGCUCCAUUUUUAUCAACAUCUCUGGCAGAUAAACGAGGUCAUAAGCGAGUCUCUGUCGACGUUCAGACAAAAGAGGAGGCUGAGGAGAUUUUCAAGCGCUUCAGGUUGGAGGCACCUGCUCAGCUUUCUCUGACGGAAGCAAUAAAUCAGCGGCAAGCUCCCGCAGUUCUAGAGGCUAUCAGGCGUGCGGAGUUACGUCGCAACAGAGAAGAGGCAUGCAGCUGUUCGAGAAUCCGACCUUUUGAACGCACCCAGUUUCCUCCGAAGUCUUCAGUGCCUCGUAGGAUUAAUACUAUUAGUCGUCCUGCAGUGUCGGUUCGACGACCCUUUCCCAUCGAAGGUGCUCCUUUGCAGUCGCCGGAAGUUUUGAUCGAAGAUCGUCGUACUCCUCCAUCUUCGCAAAACACACAAGGAAAUAACACUACCAAAGAAUACACGGGACGCCCUACCGCGCCACCUCAUUCGCGUCGCUUGAUAUCAUCUUAUAGAAGGCAGAUAGCUGGUGCGAUACUACGACAUCCACUCAGUAUUCAACAUGUUGGCGAGGAUACAUCACACGGAGACGUGCCGAGAGCUCACUCAGUAUUACCGCCACCACCUGAUCCACCAAUAUUACCGCUUUCGUAUGAUUUAUAUGUUCUUGAAUACGGCAACAAGAACUUCCAUUAUAGUUCUACAUGA